GGUAGCGGGUCGGCGGUGAGGCGGUAUAAAGGCAGCCGGCGGAUGGCCGCGGCACACACGCACGUGGGAACACACGGCGGACAUAGCAGCGAUGGCAAGUCUCCAAGGAGUGGUCGCCGCUCUGGCCCUCGGCCUCUUCGUCCUAGAGAUGGCAGGCGCCGCUCUCGUCUACCAGCCAGUGGCGGAGCCGGCCCAUCAUCACGUGGAGCUGCGCAGCGUGAGGGAGCAACCGCAGGGGCCGUUCCUGCUGCACUCGCUGUACCCUGCACAAGUUGUCGCGGCCCCUGAAAGCAGUCAUGUCCGUGUUGUUCGCUCGCCGACCAAGUACAAGUUCGGCGGCAUCGGUGGCUUCGGCGGCAAGGGUGGUGGCUACGGCGGCUACGGCGGAGGCUACCCCGUCGGCGGCUACGGAGGCCACGGUGGAGGCUACCCUGUCGGCGGCUACGGAGGCGGCUGCAACACCUGCGGCGGCGGCGGCGGCUACGGCGGCUACCCCAGCUACGGAGGCUCCUACAGCCAGUCCUCCAGCCAGGCUUCCAGCCAGUCCUCCAGUGGCUCUGUCGGCUGGGGUCGCAGGAGAUAAGACGUCUGUCAUGGAACGCAGCUUACCAGACACGACCUCUCCUGGAUGUCAUCCCAGUGCAUCAUUGUUUUACAUGUGUUUGUAACAUAUAAAAAUAAAAAUAUCUACUUUUCA